AUGAGUCGGCUACCUCAAUUCCCUUUUGGGAUACAAGCGACGGCAGUACGUCUCCCACUCACUCCUCCUCGGGCUAUCCGAUGUCGUCCGGUCGCCUCACCAACGGACACGAAGGUAUCCCGCGAUCACAAAUACUCCUCUCUUUGUCAGCCUGUCAAAGAUCCAGUGUCUGGGGAGCUGGUCGGCACCCUGUCUCUGUGUUCCCAUGCCCAUCUCCGUCCGUCUAUUCCUCUCUUCCUCAAGGCCUUUUGCUCACUUGACAGCACUGCCUGGGCUGCAGAGAGGACACCCGAGAAUAAAUCAGCCAGACAAAGUGUCCUCAAGGGGCAAAUGUAUGCAACUUGUGCCAUCUGCAAGACUUUCCUGUCACUGCCAACUGCCUCGAGCAGACUCAUCUCUCUGCCCAUACAAUCGCUCUCCAGACAUUCAUGCAUGCAGACAGCAACACACACACACACACACACACAAACACACACUGCCGCAAGCAGACAUGUGUAUCUCAUUGACAUCCUCAAAUGGUUCGGUCCGUUUCAAUGUCACCUCCGUCUUCCACAGAAGGCAGCAGGUGAUGUCAGCGAAAUCGUCUCAACUACAAGGUCUAUGGAGGCCAUCGCGCUUUCACAGACUUUCAUCGUUCAGGAAGUCUGGGACAUUAAUUCCUUGCAGAAGUAUUGUGUACAGAUGAGCCGAUCGUCAAGUUAA